AUGGCAUUCGGAGACGUAAAAUCUGCACAGGGUCUCAGUGAAUUGAACAAAUAUUUAGCUGAGAAGAGUUAUGUUUCAGGAUACACACCUUCUCAAGCGGAUGUACAAGUGUUCGAACAAGUAGGAAAGGCGCCGGCCGCCAGUUUGCCACACGCCCUGCGCUGGUACAACCACAUCGCCUCCUAUACUCCCGCCGAACGUAAGGCAUGGGUUGCUGGAGUAAGCCCAUUGAACGCUGGUGCUAAGCCUACGGCAGCUGCACCAGCCAAAAAAGAGGAAGAUGAUGAUGAUGAUGUAGAUCUAUUUGGCUCUGAUGAAGAAGAGGAUGCAGAGGCAGCCAAACUCCGUGAAGAACGCUUGCAAGCAUAUGCCAAUAAAAAGUCAAAGAAACCAGCCCUUAUUGCUAAAUCAUCUAUACUCCUAGAUGUUAAGCCCUGGGAUGAUGAGACAGACAUGGGUGAAAUGGAAAAACAAGUGCGUAGCAUUGAAAUGGAUGGCCUCCUAUGGGGAGCUUCAAAACUUGUUCCAGUUGGUUAUGGUAUCAACAAACUUCAAAUCAUGUGUGUCAUUGAAGAUGACAAAGUAUCAGUAGAUCUUCUAACAGAAAAGAUUCAAGAAUUUGAAGAUUUCGUCCAAUCAGUUGACAUUGCUGCCUUCAACAAAAUC